AUACAUUUCUUAUGGAGUCAUGAUUUGGGAGAUGAUGCCCCAAGAGUCCCCCUCAUCCUCGCGCCUGCGCAGUAGGCCGCAUAUUCACCAAAUUGAAAAUGUUUGCCUCAAACUCUCGGAAGUUUAGCCAAGAAGUUACUGUGAUUUACCUAGCCAGCUAGCUGCAUAAAAGACGGUGCGACUAAGAUAAACUAGCUAAUUUUAGGGGGGGGGGGGAUAUAUAUAUAGAGAGAGACAUAAAGGAUUAUACAUGGAUUUAUAUCCAUUUUUAUUAUCUUGGGUUCGAAAACAUGAAUGGUAGCCACCUUUGGAAGAAGUUGUGAUUGUUUUUUUUGGCGCUCUAGUAACGUUAGCUAACAACGCAGAGGAAAGAUGGUGGAAUUGAGCUAGCUAACGCUAGCUUCAUAUGCGAUAGCAGAGCUAGCUAGCUAGGUUGCUAUCGUUUGUGUCUGAAAGGUUUGGAAGAACUGCCCACAUCCGUUUGCCAUACUCGUAAGUAUCCCAAAAAUGUGUUAGCUAAGACAACGUGUAUUCUAUAUUUUUACUAAUUAGCUAGCUAACUAGCGUGGCUGCUAGCAUUUCACGAGAGCUAGCUACUGUAGUUAGCUAAUGUUAUCCCAUUGGGUAAUGAACGUGCUAACGGUAAUGCUAGUUAGUUAGUCAACCAUGUCUGACCAAGAGAUUAAGUUACUAACGUUAGUUAACAUUAACUAUCCAUUUGAUGAACUAGCUAGCUAUAACGUUAGCUAUAUAUUUUAAUAUCAAUAAAGCCAGUUAAGCCAAAAUCUUGUAUUCGGUAUAUAAUGCUUUGGCCAAAGCUAUUUCUAGAGUUAGCCAACGUAAUUAGCUAACGUUAACUAACUUGUAACGAAGUUAACUUUCCUUACUAGCUAAUGUUGGCUUAUUUACAUCCAUUGUAGCUAACGUUAACCUUUUAACUUGCAUGACACAAAUGCUAGCUAACUAACUCCAGUUUUAUAACAAACUAGAUCGUCCAGCUACCUAACUUGGCUGACUGUAAAUGAUCUGUGUUCAGGCCCACAUCUUAUGUUGGCAUAGCAGAUAAAGAAAACAUGAGUGCUCCUCAGCCUCGGAGGAUGGAACCAGGGAUACUGGUGGCUGGAUCUAGGUAAAAAAACAACAACAACACUUCUUUAAAAAAGUUUGAAUGGUCACUUUCACAUCAAUCAAAUGUAGCUACAACUCUUCCUAUGAUGUCCAUUCACUCACUGUAUUACUAUUGGCUCAUAUAAUUUAAAUGUCCUUAUGUUCCAGACAACAGAUGGUGCUCUGAAAAAGCCAUGGGUAGCUGUUUAAGCUGUCCAGAGAAGGAGUCAAUCCCAGAUAAUCAUCAAACCAAAUUUAAGGUGAGUCUCUUGAUCCGUUACAACAAUCAUACUUCAAUGGUGGUCCAUUGCCGAGCCCACAUUCCAUGCCCUAGUUAUGACAGAUUUUGCGACGUCAAAAUAUGUAGACCUCCCACCUGAAUGAAAGGGAAAUAUUGGUUUCAUAAUGAAUACCAGCUUCAAUGCAUUGCAGAGUAGACAUGUUUGUGUUGACUGACACAGUGACUGUUGUGUAACGGUAUUGUUCUGUUGCCAGGUGAUAAACGUGGAUGACGAUGGGAAUGAGCUGGGCUCGGGCAUGAUGGAGCUGACAGAGGUCGAGCUGGUCCUCCACACCCAUCGCCGUGACGAUGUCAGGUGGCCCUACCUGUGCUUGCGUCGCUAUGGCUACGACUCCAACCUCUUCUCCUUCGAGAGUGGCCGCCGCUGCCAGACGGGACAAGGUACAUUUAAUAGAGAUUUCCGUUCCACACAAUUAUUGAUUUCACUUAUUUCAUUAAUUGAUUUUGUCAUUUUCAAGGACCAUUCUCAGCGUAUGUCGCACCAUUUACAUUGACGUCAUUUAGCAGACGUGCUUAUCCAGAGCGACUUAAAGGAACAAUUAGGGUUAAGUGCCUUGCUCAGGGGCACAUCGACAGCUUUUUCACAUAGUCGGCUCUGGGAUUCGAACCAGCGUCCUUUCGGUUACUGGCCCAACUCUCUUAACCGCUAGGCUACCUAACAAACUUAUGUGGUGCCUCAGCUGCCUGGGCAUUAGUAUACAUUUGAACCUUUUAGUCAUUUGGCAGACGCUCUUAUCCAUAGCGACUUAUAGUUAGUGCGUUAAUCAUAAGGGAGCUAGGCGAGACAACAACAUAUCAGUCAUAGUAAGCAAAACAUUUCCUCAAUAAAGCAGAUAUCAGCAAAGUCGGUGCUAGUAAGAAAAGAGAAGUGUGUGUUAGUGCAAGAGGCAAGGGUGGUGUUUUUUUUUCUUUGGGGGGGGGGGUGUUAAUCAAGAUAUUUGUUGAAAAGGUAUACAGGCACACAAUAAAAUCACAUGUAGGCCUAAUACACAAUGUUGUGAAUCAAACAUGAACCAUGAUAAACACACAUCAGAAUACAUUGAAUCACAUCUGCAACUAGGCCCCAACAUCAGCUUUAUUGUUAUAUCGACUUGAACCAGUGAAAUAUUGAUUAUGCUGCAAUGCCAAUGACACAAUUGUCUGUGUGGUUAUUUUUCGACUCCAUCCAUGCUUUCAAAAGGAUGAGGUCUGGGGGGAGGGGUACUAUGGGUUCUGGGGUUCUGGUAAGUCAGGCUCGCUGUGUUCCCAUGCCGUGAUAAUGAUUAUAUAAUAAUGUGAUUAGCAGUAAUGUUAGUCAUAGAAAUAGAACCAUAAUGACUUAAAUACGGGAAUGGAAGCCCACUCUAGUGAUUCUAUUUCUGUGGUGACAUUAUUGAGGCCUGUGUCUGACUCUGUGUGGUGUUGUGCUUGGGGGAGUUGGGGUUUUCAGUUUGGUCGCACAAGUUUACCAUAGUUGUGUGUUCUGUUUGUUCUCUUUGUGCAUUGUGCAGUGUUUCCUUGCAGUGUGACUAGUCUCCUGUGUAGUUUGUCCCUGAUGUGAUGCCAUACCUAUGGUUGUUCCUAUGUGUUCCUUCUUGACAUGUUACUAUGCUUCCUUUUCCUUUUAUCUCUAUCACUCUGUUGCGUUCACCUAGGCAGUCCCUUUAGAUCAUUGAUUACAAGGUAGACAAGGGCAUAGUUGGCAAGGAAAAGUUGAAAGACCCAAUAAAUGUACAAACCCUUUGUAAACGUGAAGAUGUGAGCAGUGCUGAUAAUGGUUGUUUCUCAAUCUGUCUAUAUUGCAGUCGUGCUGCCCAUAUGUGAUUCCUGAGAUUAUGAACAUUCUGAUAAGCUCUGCAGCGCAACAAUGCUUUGACUUUCUUGACUGUGUCUUUAGGGAUCUUUGCCUUUAAGUGUGCUCGGGCGGAGGAGAUCUUCAACAUGCUGCAGGAGGUGAUGCACAGCCACAGCAUCAGUGUGGUGGAGGAGGCCGUGCUGGAGACCAACCACCAGGCCACACACACUCCUGCCGGUAAGCCUAUAUUCAUCCUAGAACUAGAAUUUGCACAGGCCAUAAUGAAUACUUCUACCAACACUUGCAAUGACCUGAGAAAUGCCUUUUCCUGUCCCUAGAAUAUCCAUUGCCUCAUAUGGCUGUCACACACUCAAAUACCUAACUCUUUAAUACUGUGCCUUCCUUCGUUAGAUAACUCCUACAAAGGCUGAAAUCUGUCUUUCAGUCAACACUUUCAUAGUCCCCACUGAACCCAGUUCUUCUCUUCCUUAUGUCUAUUCAGCUCUGGGCUACUCUGUUCCCACCGUGCACAAUGGUGUCACCCGGAUCCCUUCGGUGGGCGACGCCCCCUCGCACCCCUCCACACGCCACCCGUCUGUGGCCAGCACCCGCCUGCCCUCCGUGGGAGAGGAGUCUACACACCCCUUGCUAGUGGCUGACGAGGCGGUGAGAGAACGAGGGAAUAGAAUAAGGCCUGCCCUGCACACUGAAAUACUUUUAACACGUAUAGCUUUAUUGAUAAAAUAAAGACAUCUCAAUACAAAUGUUUGGGUCGUGUUCAGUAGAGCACAUUUUGAGAUCUCCUAGACUAAAGAAGACCUCCACUGUGCUACUUGUGACGUCGAUGGGGAAUAAUGAGUUUAUGUAGAAGCUGCUGAGUUGGUGUGAUAAGGAUGUUAUAUUAACCCUGUCUCCUGAUCUGUCCACAGGUCCACACGUAUGUGAAUACCACAGGCCUGCUGGAUGACCAGCCCAGUCCUCUGACUGCUCCAGCCCCUCUGGACAGCCCUGGCUCAGCCCAGUCCCAGUGCCCCCCUACACCCCCUCCUCCGCGGGUAUCCAGACCAGAGCCCCUACCCCCCCUGGCCCAGCUCCAGGAAGAACCCCAGGUACUGCUGGAGCCCCAGGGGGUACGCUUCGUGCUGGGGCCCACCCCUGUGCAGAAAAAGAUGGCCAAGGGGAAGCAUCAGACUGAGGAUGGAGAUGAUGAAGAGGAGGACUCGGAGUCCCCGGAGCCUGGAGAGGGAGAGACUAACGGCCCCACAGACACCGAGGCCCCAGCCCCACCGGAGGGCCAGCCUCAGACAUCCUACACACACUCCAACGGCUCUUCUGCCUCUGUCGGGGCUCCAGCCACAGCCCCUCGCCGCCAUCUCCUGCCCCCCCUCACCCCUGACACCCUGCAGAAUGUCAACAACUCAGCCCAGCGGCGCACAGCCCUCCUGGACUACGAGAACCUCCCGGCCCUGCCGCCCGUCUGGGAAACCCGCAAACCCAGCAACGAGGAGGAGAACAACGGUGGACCCUGUGGUGGAGGAGGCCAAGGGGGGCUAAAGAUGUCCUCCCUCAACGGCUACAACCACCACCACCAACACAGCCUCCUCCACCACUCCUACUCCCACCCCAUGUCAGCCCACCCCCCUCUGUCGGCCAUGGAGCCCUCCCACAACUACGUCAACACAGAGAAUGUGACGGCCCCCCUCAGCGCCCGCUGUGCCCCCGACACGGCACGCCGCCGCAGCGAAGGACCCAUCGUGUUCAACUUCGACUUCCGCCGGCCGCUGGGUCAGGAGCCUCCCAAGACACUCAACUACAUCGAGGUGGAGAUGGAAACUACCACCUCUUCCUCCGCAGCAGCCAAGGGUGCCUCCUCGGACACCAGCAACCCCCACACGCCCACCUCACCGCCUCCGCCCACCACCCCCACGCGCCGCACCGAGCUCUACGCCUUCAUCGACAUCGAACGCACUGCUGCCAUGUCCAACCUGCAGAAGGCUCGGCCGCACGACGACGGGUCGUUGAGGAAAACGCGGCACAACAGCACAGAGCUGCCCACCAAAAGCACUGUCUGA